AUGAAUAUCAAAAAAUAAGAUCUUGUGUAGGAUCUUAUUAAAGAGUCGCAACUUCUAAAAACUAAAUUAUAAAUUGCUGAAUAGAACAUUUCAAAUUUAAAAUAAGUUUUACAACUUUAAAGUAGAAAUAACUCUAAAUCCCCAAUUCAAUAACAUAAAUCUAAUCAAUUAAAUAAUUACUACUCUCAAUAAUCAACUAUUACUACUGUUUCAAAUGAAAACCUACUUGACACUAAAUCUAUUCAACUAGUUAAAUCAUUAUAUAAUCAAAUUGAUUAACUGAAAUUUGAAAAUGUGCAAUAAAAAAAUAGAAUUGAAACAUAAAACAAAACUAUAAAACAAUAAAAUUAGGAUCACUAAAAACUAAAAGAAUUGUAUGAACAAUAAACCUAACUCAUUAUUAAAUUAACUAAUAUGAAUUAACAAUUACUUGAUGAAAUUAGCGCUCAUAAAGAGUAGUAUAAAUAAUAGCAGAAUUAUAUUUAACAAUUAAAUGAACAAUAAAGGGCUGUAUAAAUUACAUAAAAUUAUCAUGAAGUUUCAUUUCAAGAAAGAUUCACUCUAUCAUAGCUUCCAAAUAUUACAGAAGAGCUUUAGAAAGAGACUUAAUCAAGAUUUGAAAGUGUUAAAUUGCCAAUGGAAAAUUUAUUAACAUCAGCAAACAACAAUAAUAAAAUUGAUUAGGAAAUACAGUGCCUAAUUAAUGAAGAGAUGCCAUAUACAAAAAAUGAUCUUUUAAAUCUCUUAAGUAGAGCUGAAUAGGAAAUAAAUCAAUUACUUUAACUUUGA